CAUAGUUAUGUUGCAGGCUGUGUGUUUAAAAGGGAAGAGUAAUCAUCACGGCUGCUACAGUACUCGGUUUUCGGUGUUAUUUUAAAAUCAUGUUUGCAGCCAGUCAGCAUCACAAUUAGAGAUAGGAUAGUAACUAUGGCUCACGAACAAAUUAGCCUGGUGUUCAAGCUGUACUGCCUAACAGUGAUGACGCUGGUGGCAGCCACUUACACCGUGGCUCUGCGGUACACAAGGACCGUGUCACUAGACCUGUAUUUCUCCACCACAGCAGUGUGCAUCACUGAGGUCAUCAAGCUCUUCUUAAGUCUGGGAAUGCUGGCCAGGGAAUCUGGGAGCAUUGAUAGGCUAAAGACAUCACUCACUGAACAUGUGUUUCGAAGCCCAAAGGAGCUUCUGAAGCUAAGUGUUCCCUCUGUGGUAUAUGCCAUUCAGAACAACAUGGCAUUUUUGGCAUUAAGUAACCUGGAUGCAGCUGUUUAUCAGGUGACCUACCAGCUGAAAAUCCCCUGCACUGCUCUGUGCACGGUUCUCAUGCUAAACCGGUCCCUCAGCCGUCUCCAGUGGUUCUCGGUCUUCUUGCUCUGUGGCGGGGUCACACUGGUGCAGUGGAACCCGGCCGAGUCUACAAAAGUGCAGGUUGACCAGAACCCAGUUUUAGGUUUAAUUGCUAUUGCCGUAGCUGUGUUGUGUUCUGGAUUUGCAGGUGUAUACUUUGAGAAAGUUCUGAAGAGCUCAGAUACAUCCCUGUGGGUGCGGAACAUCCAGAUGUACCUAUCGGGCAUUGUAGUGACUCUGGUCGGGGUCUUCAUAUCAGAUGGCCCAAAGGUGCUAGAAAAGGGAUUCUUCUAUGGCUAUACAGCCUGGGUGUGUCUUGUGGUCUUUUUGGCCAGUGUAGGUGGUCUGUACACAUCAGUGGUGGUCAAGUACACAGACAACAUCAUGAAGGGAUUCUCUGCUGCUGCUGCCAUUAUUCUUUCCACAGUAGCUUCAGUCCUCCUCUUUGGACUACAGAUAACUGUCACCUUUGCCAGUGGUGCUGUGUUGGUGUGCCUGUCCAUAUAUCUGUAUGGCCUGCCAACACAGGAUACCACCAAACUCAUCAGAGCAGAACCACACAAAGGGACUAAUCAGAGGCUGAUGAUAAUCUGAGUUGAAGCACAGCCUCCCUGGACACAGCUGCACAAUGCGUAUACAGGCUGUGGCAUGUCUUUCUGGAUGGUGAACCACAGUAAGAAGUACGCUCAACAUGGUCACGGCCAGAAGUUUUGAAUAAGUUGCCUCAUUUUUACUCAGCAAUGGCUGAGUUUUUUUCCCUACUGCAUACAAAAGAUAUCCGUUUUGUCCUCUGGUCUCUUUUAAUGACUGACAUUUUCAACUUGGAGAGAUUCCUUUGUUCAUGGAGUCUGAGUUGGUUUGGUGAUCAUAAGACUGUUGCAAGAGAGAUAUUUUAAAUUUUUUUUAUGGUGUAAAUUUCACUGACACAGGAUGACUGGCAACAGAAAAAUAUGGACAUGAAACAAGUUCCAGCUCUGAAAGGUAUGCAAGAGGAAGUGCAUGUGCUGGAAUGUGACCUGAGUUUCGAUGACAGUUUCUUGCAACAAAUUUCGGAUUUAUGCAUGUAAGGUGGGAGGUUAGGGGACCAAUAUCCAGUAUUACUCAAAAAAAAAAAAAAAAAA